AUGGCGGCCAACGACUACUACGGCAACACCCAAGGGCAGUCGCAUGACAGGAACGAUGGGCCUCUGCCGCCGAUACCCAGCAACCAUACGCAACACUCCAUCUCGCCCGUCAGCACGCCCUUUGGCGACCGGCCCUACCCAACCCAAACCGCAAGCAGCGGAGCCCUCGGCGGCUACCCCAUCGAUACAUCGUAUUCGAAUACCUCAUACCAGCCUCCCACACAAUAUAGCUCGACGGCACACAUCAACGACCCGUACGCGCGGCAACCAGACCCGUUUGCCGACCAGAACGCAAUACCGCUUCAGAACCAACCGAAGAUGGAUGGCAGCAGUCCGACGCGGUAUAAUGGUGACCCAGAGUACUAUGGCAUGGGCGUAGAACCAAGGCGGAGAAAGAGUAAAAAGAAGAAAGGCAUGUUCAGUGGGAGGGUGACGUGGGUUGUGUACAUUCUUACGGCGGUGCAAGUCGGUGUAUUCGUGGGAGAACUGAUCAAGAAUGGCAUGUUAACAGGCAGUCCCAUCCAAACGAAACCCAACUUCAACAUCAUGAUCGGUCCCUCGCCCUACGUCCUCAUCAACAUGGGCGCGCGCUUCACACCCUGCAUGCACAACAUCAAGCGCGUCAUCGAAGCGCAACCAGGCCCCGUCGUAGCCUGGCCCUGCCCCAACACGACGACCCUCACAGACAACAAAUGUACCCUCGCCGAACUCUGCGGCAUGGGCAGCGGCGUCCCCGACCAAACCUCCGUCACAGACUUCAAAGACCGCAGCCACGAACCCAACCAGUGGUGGCGCUUCAUUACGCCCAUCUUCCUCCACGCAGGACUUAUUCAUAUUGGCUUCAACAUGCUCCUCCAGUGGACACUAGGCCGCGACAUGGAAAAGGAAAUCGGUCCCCUCCGCUUCGCACUUGUAUACUUCUCCGCUGGCAUCUUCGGUUUCGUGCUCGGCGGCAACUAUGCCCCCGACGGCAUUACUUCCGUCGGCGCAUCAGGAUCCCUCUUCGGCGUCCUCGCACUCACCAUGCUGGAUUUACUGUACAAUUGGUCUACACGCCGCAGUCCCGUCAAAGACCUCCUCUUCCUCCUCCUCGACAUGGCCAUCGCUUUCGUCAUCGGCUUACUCCCUGGUCUGGACAAUUUCUCCCACAUCGGCGGCUUCCUCAUGGGAAUCGUACUGGCCCAUCACAACAAACGGAGUCUCAUGGUGCGAUAUGGGAAGCCUCAAUCUCACGACGACGGACGCGCCGAGCAAGAGGAGUCUGAAUCCAAGUCAUUUGCCUAA